GUUUCCCUGGUGACGGUUGCCAGGGCAGCGCGUGCCGGCGUCCGGAAGAGUUGAGGACUGAGGAAGCCGCAGCCGUGCUAGAAAGGAGGAGCAGAGAGACAGCUGGCAAGAUGGAAGCCGAGGACGCACUGGAAGCAGAUGAAGACGCUUCCCAGGAUACCUUGCGGCUGCAGUUCAAGGCCAUGCAGGAGAUGCAGCACAAGCGGCUGCAGAAGCAGAUGGAGAAAAGGAAGGAAAAGGAACUGAGCCUCCAAAGCAGAGCUGACGAACAGCAGGAGUCCCCGCAGGUGUCCGAGGGCCUCAGCCUUUUCCAGGCAGUGGAGGAAGACUCCAGGACCAACUUUGAGCGAGGGGUGCUUGAAGAUGAGAUUACACAGCUUCGAGAUGAGCUCAGGGAAACAGUCGAUGAGAACGGGCGACUGUAUAAGCUGCUGAAGGAAAGGGACUUUGAAAUCAAACACCUGAAAAAGAAGAUAGAAGAGGACAGGUUUGCCUUCACAGGGACAGCUGGCAUGGCUGGAGAUGUCAUUGCCACGAAAAUUGUCGACCUGUCCAAGAAGAACCGGCUGCUGAUGGCAGAGUCGGAGGGUGCCAAAACCAGGGUGAAGCAGCUGAGCAAUCGCGUCCAGGAGCUGGAGCGGGAACUGCAGAUAGCCCUGGCCAGGCUGCCAGCCAAAGGGGCCUCUGACACAGGAGCCAAGCCGCCGAGGGCCCAGAUAGGAGACAACGCCUUGCUGGAGACCCCCGAGGUGAAGGCCCUGCAGGACAGGCUGGCGGCCACGAACCUGAAGAUGAGUGACCUGCGUAACCAGAUCCAGUCGGUGAAGCAGGAGCUCCGCCUGGCUCAGAAGGUCUUGGCCAGCGAGGUUGGGGAAGAAGUGAAUGUGCAGCAGCUCCUGUCCUCGCCAGGCACCUGGAGGGGUCGGGCCCAACAGAUUCUCGUGUUGCAGAGCAAGGUCCGAGAGCUGGAGAAGCAGUUGGGCCAGACACGGAGCCAGUCUGCGGAGACCACAAGUGAGGAGCCACCUGCCCACCCAGACCCGAGGAAGCUGUCAGCACAGGAGAAGAACCUGCUGAGGAUCCGCAACCUGGAGAGGGAGAAACAGGAGAGCUGGGAGAAACUUGCCAGUGAACGGAACACACUCCAGGCAGAGCUGGAAGAGCUGAGAAGGAAGUUCGAGGGCGUGCGAUCUCGGAACAAGGUGCUGUCGAGCGAGGUGAAGACCCUGCGCACCCAGCUGGGGACGCUAGUGGAGAAGGGCAAGCAUGAUGACGAGCUCAUCGAUGCCCUCUUGAACCAGCUGAAGCAGCUGCAGGAGAUUCUGGGCAGCCUGAGCCUGCAGGAGGAGAAGACACGGGUGUCGCAGCAGCAUCGGGACCAGAAGCUGCACAGCGAGGCACAGAGGAGCAGCAGCCUGGUGGCCCAGCUGCGGGCCAUGGUGGCAGAGCGGGAGGCCAAGGUCCGCCAGCUGGAGCUGGAGAUCGGGCAACUGAGCAUGCAGUAUCUUCGGAAUAAAGAAGGGGACAAGGAGUGCUGCGGGCCCAAGGCCAGCCCCGCCCACAGCAAGCUCCUGGAGGAGCCCGGCCUGACCAAGCCCCCGGCCUCAGCAGGCGAUCACGUUGGCAGACUUGGAUCUUCACGCUCUGUGACCAGCCUAGGCCAUACGCUGGUGGAAUCUUCUCUCACAAGGCCGUCCUUGCCCAGCCCCCACGGGACGUCACCCAGGUUCUCGGACUCUCCAGAACAAAAAGGCUGGCAGGCACAAGUGGCCGAGAUCAAAGCCCUGUGGCAGGCCGCCGAGGUGGAGCGUGACCGGCUCACCGAGUUUGUUGACGUCCUGCAGAAACGGGUGGAAGAGAGCAACAACAAGCUCCUGGAGUCCGAGAGGAAGCUGCAAGGGGAGCGGCUGCGGGCCGUGCUGCUGGAGCAACAUCUGGAGAAGCUGCGUCUGGAGCCUGGGAAGACGGCCCCCAGGAGCAAGACAGGUCGGCCCACCUCCAGCACCAGGCACAACUCCACAGGAAGCGAGAAGAAGGACCCGUCCUUGGCCCAGCUCUCCCAUGUGCCCGUGGAAUCCCAGAUUGAGGAGCUGAGCACCAGGCUGGCCAUCCAGAAGGAGGAGAACGAAAUGCUGAAGGCCGCACUGGGCAGCGCCCUCCAGGGAAAAGAGGAGGACUUCCGGAUGUACCACGAGACCCUGGACCAGGUGAAAGGGGUUUUCCUGCAGGCCCUGCGGCAGCAGAAGACAGACAAGCACUAG